AUGGCGUCGGUGAAGCGUCGUGCGUUCAAGUCUCCUGAUCAGAGCGAGCCGAAGAAGUUUAUCCGUAUCAGCUCUUGCAAUCCUGACCGCGCGACGUACCACUUCCUCCGAGGGGAUUUCAAUGGCAGGUCGCCUCCCCUUACCGACACUGCGCAUUUGGACGAGGAGGGACUCCUAAUGGAGAUCCUCCACCCCCAUGACCUUCCCCGUAUCCCCUUCCUGAAACGCUACGUCGAAAUCGAAGAGGUGCUUGGCGAGUUCAUCGCAACAGUGGGCAUCAAGAGCGGCAUCAUCCGUGGAGGCAAUCAGCUCGACCACUUCGUCGUCCCAGCCUACAUGUACAAGUGGUUGUCCCUCAAUUCCUACUCCAAGAUUCUUCACUGA